AUGGACUUCUACAUAAAUCUGAAGGUGAAUUUCAGGGGAAAUUCAAAGAAUUUUCUCCUGUCAGGAUCCGAAAUCAAGAACUGGGAGUCGAUGGAGGCGAUGGUGAAGCGUUCCUUUGGCCUAUGCAGCCUCCAGCUGACCUAUUUUGACGAGGAGAAUGAAGAGGUGUCCAUUAACAGUCAAGUGGAGUAUGAGGAGGCACUGAAGAGUGCAGCCAGACAGGGGAACAGACUGCACAUGAAUGUGUAUGAGAUUCGAGGACAGUCAACAAGGGUCCCCACAACCAAGGCCAGCGGAACAGAACCCAAAAGGGGCUUCAGACCACCACAGCAUUGCCCCACCCUGGCUCAGGUGGUCAGCCGCAAAGUUCAAGCUGUGGUGCCAGAACAGGCCAUGGUAAUUAUGAAGGAAGUAAAAGGGACCAAGGAAGAAGACAAGACUCCUCCAGCCUGGUUCACAUCUUACAUGGAAAAGUUUAAGGACCAGGUGGUUCGCGAAGCAGUGGAGAAGAUCUGUCGGGAGUUCUCUGGGCAGUGCUGCAUCCACAAGCCUUUGGGAGGAGGAGGAGGAGGAGGAGGGGGAGGAGGAGGAGCAGGUGGAGCAGGGAGAGGUAAAGGGGAAGUAGUAGGAGGAACGGAACCUCAGCAGGUCCCUGAGGUGUCCUCCACACUGCCUGGAUCUCCAUCCUCCUCCACUCCUCCCUGCUCCUCCUGUAGGGGCCAGACCACUGGAGGAGGCUACCAAUGCAGUGUGUGUACCUCCUGUACUCUUUGCGAGCCCUGUAGCUUCUCCCAUGAUCCCAGUCACAACCUAGUAAGAGCCAGGACUCCUCUGUCCAUCCCAGAGCAUGGAUCACCUGCCCCAGACCACAGCAGGUUCUAUAGGCGUGGAGACCGCAGUUUCCGGAAGGCAGAGAAGCAACGGCUUAAAGCAGAGAAGCGCUUGCUGAAGGCAGAGGUCAAAGAGAUUCGGAAACAGCUGAGGAUGGAAAGGCGGGGCAUACAAUGGAGCUCCUCCUACAGAGAUGGGAGCUCUUCCCCCAUUCUUCUGCAGCCUCGAGCCACCCAGCACAACAGCCCAGAGCGCCCAAAGCGCCCCUGUCCCCUGGUGGUUCCAGCCAUGAUGGCCACAUUUCUGGAUGAGAAUCUUCCUGAUGGAACGCGACUGCGUCCUGCGACCAAGUUUAUCAAGUACUGGAAAAUGAGGAACACAGGAACUAUCAGUUGGGGUGCUGAUACUAAGCUGAAGUUCAUGUGGGGAAACCUGGCAGUGGGAUCUGGGGACCGUUGGAGAGAAGUGUCUGUUCCCUUCCUCCAACCAGGACAGAUCGGUAUAGUAAGUGUAGCACUGUGUGCUCCUGUUGUGGAGGGCUCCUAUACCUCUCACUGGCGUCUGGCGCAUGCUGGAGAGCAGUUUGGACCGAGAGUGUGGUGCAGCAUCAUGGUCGACCCUCUGGCCCCGGCACCCAUGAUGGCUGAUGGGAUACUUGUGUCGCCCUGUGUCACACCACAGGGCAAGAACCCAGUUGUGAAAGAUGGAAAAGCCUGUACUACUUCUAGGGAGCCACCUUUAAUGUCAGUGGACCAAGAAGAAUACUACAUCCCCUCAGUAGACCUGCUUACUGCGCAGGAUCUUCUGUCUUUCGAGCUGUUAGACAUCAACAUCGUCCAAGAGUUGGAGAGUGUCCCAAACAACACUCCUACUGGUAAGAAAGAGUCCCAUCUGGAGAGCAUCUGUUUGGAGGACAGGGUGAAGGCAAGAGAAAAAGAGCCAGACAAGGAGAAGGAGAAAGAGGGAGAGGAGAAGGGAGAAGGGACAAGGAGUCGGUCCUCCUCCACCUCUUCGGAGGAUUACAUCAUCAUCCUCCCCGAUUGCUUUGACACCAGUCGACCACUUGGGGAAUCCAUGUACAGCUCUGCUCUGUCCCAGCCUGGCGACAUACCAGUCAAGACCCCCACUGACCCAGAUACAACAUCUUCUGACCAACCAAGGAGAACCACGGUAGAUGGGGAGCUGUAUAAGGCGGGUGAAACUGCAAUAGUGGCAGGGACAGAAUUGUCAGGAAACAGCAGCGCCAAUGACAUGCUUUGUACAUCUCAGACACUGGAUGAUGAGCCACUGACUCCUGAAGUGGUCGUGCCAUCUAAAGCCAUCAUUACAUCAAGUCCAGAGAGCAGCGGAACAACAGAUGUGAAUGCUGUCGAUCCUGGGGAAGGAGCAAAGGCAUCUGUGCUGUACCAAACUGAGAACGCCGCAGGUCCUGAAAAAAUGCAGACAGGGGUUACUGAACCUACUGCGAACACAGAGGAGGAAAACUCUGAGGACCCCAGGCACCCAGGCAUCACCAGUGGCCUGGUUAAAGGAGCUCUGUCAGUAGCAGCCUCAGCCUACAAAGCCUUGUUCACUGGACAAGGCCCCACACAGCCUCCAGUGGAUGCAUCCACCCAGGACACCAUGAUGGCCGUGCUGGUUGAGAUGGGAUUUGGGGACCGACCACUUAACCAGCAGUUGCUGAAGAAACACAACUACAAUCUGCUGGAUGUGGUCAACGAGCUUGUUCAGAUGACCGACAAUGACUGGUACUCCACACGCUACUGACUAGAGACAGAAAGAAGGGGAAGAAGAAGAAAACAGAUAGAGAAGGAGAUGAAACACAAUAGAUUAUGGAUUUUUUUUAAAAAAGAGAAUGGAAGCGAUAAAUCCAUUUUUGCUCAUCUACCUUUCCAUAUUUCCUUUCUAAUACUGUUCACCUCUUCUCCAUUUGGAUGGAGGGUACUUUCCUUCAUGACCAUAACGUGAACAUUCCAGCAAACUUUCUGGGAUCCUGUACUAGGCCAUCAAACACCACUGUUUUAAUUUCAACAUAGGCCUUUAUAGCGGCACAUUUCUUUGCAUGCCAAUCUAAAAAAGAUAAAGAAAAAAGCAAUCUAUGUCUCAAAUGAGCUAUGUGUAGUAGUUCAAAGGUUAAGACCACAUUGUUUUAAUGUGAUGAACAGUGAAAGUAUAAAAGCUGAUUAAAUGGUAAAUGGGCUGCACUCAUAUAGCGCCUUUCUACCUUAGCGGCACUCAAAGCGCUUUACAAUGUUUUCUCAUUCACCCAUUCA